AUGUCGGCGGACAGUCGCAGCUCGCAACCACGCCCACACGCCGAUAACAGACCGUCUAAGCCGUCGCUUGUGUCGUCUGGGAAGAGGUCUUACUCUACGUAUCUGAGUGACGUCGACCGCAAGUUCAAGCAGCUCUCCCGGGACGUCCUGCCCGCCCAUCCAUACAUCUUGUCCGUGCCCACCGAGAAGCCGUACCGGCUGGGAUCGCGCUUCGUGAGCAACUGGGCAGUGGGAGAGAAUACCUUGUUCUCUCCGGAGGAGGAACAGCUGCAGUAUAUGACCUUUCUCCCCCACCAGGGAGAAGACACGCUGCUGGUCUCGGUUGGAGGCUGGUCGGAUGACAAGGGGAAUAUAGUCCCAGAAGAGGACCAGAGACCGCCCUCAAGCGCCGUCAGCAUGGCGGCGCCACUUACUACCGCCUCGCAGCAGGACGCCCUGGCCAGGCGGAAGAAGAAAAUCACCCUGAGUGAUUACAAGAAGAAGGCCCUGGAGACCCCCCCACCACCACCAAUUCCGCUGCCUGGCGCAGCCGACCCGUCCACCAACGGGGCCAAUGGAACCAACGGCAGCCGCCCGGGGAGUAUAGACUCCGACAAGACACUGCGCAGACCGCAGUCGAAUAGCUCCAAGCCAGAGGCCAAACAAAACCACCAGCACCACCACUAUCAGCACCCUUCACAGGCCGCGGCCCCUGCUACCUCUUCAACCUCCGCCCCUGACACUCGGACUGGCAGCAGAAGUAAUGAUACCAAGCAGAAAGCGCAGGACAGCCCCUCGUUACCCGCCAACACCGGCCGGGUAGACAAAAAUACCAAGCUCCCGCCAUCAAAAUCUAGCCUGCCAAAGGACUCUCCGCCGCGCAAGAAGCCACGGCUCUCCACUCAGCCGGAAGAGAGGGAAAAGGAGAAAAUUCCUUCAAAGAAGACAGGAAGAGCCCACCAGAUGAUCUCCCGCUCUCACUCUAGUUCCAUAUCCAGCAUAUCCAACAAGGCUAUGCCCAGCAAACCCAAGCCGGGCGCGAACUCGUCAUCAACCAAACAGUCGCAGCAAUCCUCCCUGGCUGCUGAGAAGAAACCGGCCAGUAUAUCUUCUUCUGCAGGCCUCCCACCAAAACCAUCAACGGCCUCUUCAAAGCCAGCCGCUUCUCAACCAACCCCCAGAAUCACGACAACAGCUCCAAAGGAGAAGCUGAUCGUCAAACUAAAGUAUGGUCGCCAGAACAGGAAGCGAAUCGAGGCUCUUUUAAAAAUAUCAUCCAAACGGAAACCUACACCCACGCAAACCUCCGCGAAAUCCAAGGGGCUGCCAGAUUCCAUUGUUGUAUCCAAGAGUUCUCCAUCAAAUUCAUCACCCCAACCGGGAAGCUCCACUACUACAUCCAUGGGUAAACAGCGUGAGCCUAGCUCAGGUUACAAGCGACCAAAGGCCGUGGAUGGAGACGAUGUCCAGGAGCCUGCUUUAAAACGGCCCCGGAGUUCCAAUACACUUGCACCACCUCCAUUAGACCAAGCUCCGACACCUAGCAUGCAGACUCCUAGAUCAACUUCGGCUACUAAGCACCCGCCUGCAUCCUCGCAGGACCAAUUUCUCACCCCUAAAAAGGAAUACAAGGGGACUGCAAUGCGCCGUGUGGGAUCCGGUGACAGUGACAUGAAGACUCCAAGUGGCAGCGCAACAAGCGUGAAGAUGACUCAGUCUCUAUCUGUGGAAAGCCAUCCAUCUUCCAGCACACAGCCUUCAGAGCGCCGCGGCUGGCGUGACGAAUAUCAGAGAUUUGUCAACCUGGGCCGUGACCUCAAACAUGCCUCACAGCGCAACUCAACCCACAAAUACAGCACCAGCCAUGAUAUCCAGGAUGACAAGCUAAGCGCCACAAUUGCAGUCGAAGCCUUGCUCUGCUUUGUUCUAGCCUUCAUUGCCGAACAACGCUUCCAAUCUCUCAGUCGACAAGUCGGCAACUCCACCGGUUGGCGCUCUAUAAUAGCAUACUGGCAAUCUGUUCUCAAUCGAACAACCUCUUAUCCACACCUCCAUGGCCUCUGUCUCCUCCUAGGUGCGGUAUGUCACGACUCCAUUCAUUCUCUCGACCUCGAACGAUUAGCAACCACUCCCUUCCCGGAUGAACAUAGUCCUGCCCCUACCCCCGGCAGUGACGGCAACACCGUAACCAGCGAAGAAACCAAGAAACAGCGACGAGAGUUCGCGGAGCUGAGAACCAGACUUCCUGAAUCGUAUAAGGUUGCCCGUCGCUUAUGGCUCGAAGGAUCCCGCGAGCUGUCUGAUUCGGUCCUCACGCAGCAUUAUCCCAACACCUGGUCAAAACGAUUGAAAAAUUCCGCCGAUCGAGGAAGAGAACAGCUUAAACUAGGCGAGUACGGAGGCGACUUUUACCUCCCGCUGGGCACCGCAUCAACACCCCUUGAAGCAGUACGGUUUGCCUGGGCUUUCCUGAAUGAAUGGAGUGAGAGAGAAGGAGUCAAGUGGAAGGGUAGAUUGGGAUUGGGCCUGUAGCAGCCUCUUUCCGCUAC